AUGAGCAGACGAUAUUGAGGCUCUGAACGUGGCGACUAUAGCCAGAAAAAGUCUGUUUGGUGUGACUGCCUAGGCUCAUACUUUGGAUCUGUCAAAACAGAGAAACACAAUAACAUAGUUUAUAUAUUCCAUUAAUCAAAAUGAGUUCCUCCGGCGAGUUUGGAAAUCCUCUACGAAAGUUUAAACUUGUAUUUUUAGGCGAACAGAGUGUGGGUAAAACAUCACUUAUUACCAGAUUUAUGUAUGAUAGUUUUGACAACACAUAUCAGGCCACAAUAGGAAUAGAUUUUUUAUCAAAGACAAUGUACUUAGAAGAUAGAACAAUUAGAUUACAAUUAUGGGAUACAGCCGGUCAGGAGAGAUUUCGUAGUUUGAUUCCAAGUUAUAUUCGUGAUUCCUCUGUAGCAGUCGUAGUUUAUGAUAUCACUAAUGCCAAUUCUUUUCAUCAGACAUCUAAAUGGAUUGAUGAUGUACGAACUGAACGUGGUAGUGAUGUUAUAAUUAUGUUAGUGGGUAAUAAGACAGACCUUUCAGAUAAAAGACAAGUAACAACAGAAGAAGGAGAAAGAAAAGCUAAAGAAUUAAAUGUUAUGUUUAUAGAAACCAGCGCAAAAGCAGGAUACAAUGUCAAACAGUUAUUCCGACGAGUAGCUGCAGCGUUACCUGGUAUGGAACAAACGGAACCUAAAAAAGGAGAAAUGACGGAAGUGAAAUUGAAAGAAACCCCAGCAGAACCUCAGGCACAGGAAGGAGGCUGUGCAUGUUAGAUGUAACACUAGUUCUCAUUGGUCACUGUUGUUUUUAUAUCAAAUGCUGCUAUUGGUUGUAUUAUUGUACAUUAAAACAUGGUGUAUAGUAGUUCCUUUUUUACAUGAAGUCUGCCAUAUUUUGUAUACAAAUAAUUUUUUGUGAGGUUUUUUGCUUACCACACUACAUAUGUAAAUUAAUGUAAAUAUGCAAAUUAGACUUAAUAUGCAGACUUUGUUAGGUGCUAUGCACUAGGAAUUUGUAUGAUACUGUGAAAUCAAAAUAUAUGUGGCAUUUGUUCGGUUUAAUUAGUUAAUCAUUUGGGGGACAAAUAGAGGAUUUGUGGAUACUGGUUUUAAAAAAUCAAUUAAUGGGGGUCAUAUUUAGGGAUAAAAUUAGUUGUUGAAACCGAGAAGGAAUUUUGUUCUUAAUGGUAGCUCGUUAGAAACAAAUUAAUGCUUGAUGAGAAACCGAUGUAACAUAUGCCAACAAAAAAAGGCAAUUCAUGAUCUAUGUCAUGGUCAGUAAUUUCCUAAAUUAAUUUUGAUUUCUAGAAUAUGCUUUUAGUAACUGUGCCACAAUAGAUAUAAUAAUUGUUUGUUUUGUAUUUUAAAAUAUAUUAACUUGUUGAUUGUUAAACAGCUUUGAACAAAUUAUAUGUAACAUAAGGGGAGGAAUGAUAUAUAUAUAUGUAACAUAAUAGGAGGAAUGAUAUAUAAUAUUUGCAUGCCAUUUAGAGAUUGGGCAUAGUAUAACACAACACAGUUCUGUCAUUCAUAGAUCUAUGUUGUGUUAUAGGAUGAAUGAUCAUUCUAAAAAAAACACUUGGUCUCACUCUUUCCCUCUCUCUUAAAGUGUGUUAAAUGGAUCUAUUCCCGAUAAUUCCUUUAUUUAUUUUUCAGUGUGAUAUUUGAUUAGCAAUGUGUGAUCUAUCAAAUGGUAUGUCAUUUGCAAUGAAUGAAUAAAACAAAAAAACAAGAUUACAAUUAUGUCACUUUUAACACAUGCAAGGUUAUGAAUGAAUGAAUGAAUACAAUUAUGUCACAUUAACAAUAGGCAGUUAAGUGACACAUCUUACUCAUAUGCUAUAUGAAAAUUGAAAGUAGCAUAAUCAUAUGCUGUAUGAAAAUGAAAGUAGCGUAAAAAAGAAAGUAGCAAAGAAAGGACUGGCCCUGCUCACCAAUAGAGGAAAUGAGUUAGAAAGAGUUGAGUGUUAUAGAGAUUAUUUGUUUAUUUUAUACUAAUAUAUACAAUAAAUGAUGAAUAUAGCAACGAUGUUAAGUAAUCCAUAAGUUUCACUAUUCACCAAAUAUAUCUUUAAAUCGAGUUCUCGGCGAAUGAAUCUAAACGCCAAGAAUAUGGAAAGUUUAUGAACAAAAAAAGUAUUAUUUUUGAUUUUGCUGUUAGUAUGAAUGUCUAUUAAUAAAACUGAAAGGCAUGGCUUAAAUAUUCAGCUUGAAAGAUUGUGUUUAAAAACGAUUAAAAUAACCUAAGCAAAAAAAUACCCAAACCAAAAAGUACAAUUAGCAUUACGAUACAUGCUGCAUGCCAUAAAGAUGUAUAUAAAUAUAAUAGUGAGCCUUAUAACAUGUAUUUCAUGGUUUUUAAUUUAUACUUAAGUUGUAUAUACAAUUAAGGGGAAAUAAAUAUCAUUUAUUGUUUUAAAACAUUAAUCUGCUUAAAAAGCAUCCGAUUCUAUUAAUGUUUAUUGUACACAUUUGUAGCUUUUCCCACUUAAAAAAAUAACCAACAAAUUCUCCAGGGACGAAAACAUGUUUGAAAAUUAUUGAUCGUGUUACUAAAAAUACUUUUCUUAACCUCAUACGAUGAUUUUAUUCGUAAUUUUCAAAUUUUCGGAGACGUGCGAUUCAUUUAAUUUUUGCACGAUUCUAGAGAAGAAUUUGUUUCAGUUUCAUGGUCAAUUGUGCAAAUUGUUUUUAGCCAUUUUCAAAACACAACAUGCUUGAUUAAAAUGUGAUAAAAAUCCUUUGAAAUAUUCUCUGUUUAUUUCUACCCAAUAGGCCUACCCCAGAAAUACAUCAAAAUGGGUUUUUCCAAUCUCAAAGUCACUUAAAGAGGUGCAAACAUUGCCAUUGUUAUUGUGCUACGAACACUUUCAAGUUUCAAGUUAAGUAUAAUAAUAAUAAUGGCAAAUGUUGGUGUUUGUACCCUGUCAUGUGACUCUCCUUUUGGAAAAACCCGUUUUAAGUCAUUCUGGAUUACCUCUAUUACAACCAUUUGAUAAUAAUCUGUUUUUCUCUUCAGCUCUGUUCACCUGUUUCAAAAAAUUAUCUUGCGGAUAUAUAUGCAACCCUAUCCGAACAUCUAAACUUAUGUCUGUCGCAUCUGUCUUCAAUCUGAUUAAAAUACAGAUCAAUAUUUCGUUUCGGUUCUUUACGGAGUGCUCUAUUUACCAGAAAUGCAGUCAUUUAAAUGAUGGUGGCUAUUGUUUAGGUCGACUAAAAAAAUUCAUUUCUUAAAUAACGGCCGCUUGAAUAUAUGUACGAUGUUAUACUUUUUCAACCAGGAACUGUUUGAAAUAGUCUUGCUCAUCCAAAAACAACAAAGCCUACGAUUUACAUGGAACUUGGCAAACUUGUUCUUUGCACGAUUGCACAUUGAUUUGCGGUCUUCAAUUUAUUUUAUGAUGUCACAAUUACAAGAUGGCUGCAUUCAUGGUUCUUGUUAUACACCUAUACUUGACAACUGCGAAGAUGAUCCUACAUAUAUAUAUAUAUACAUGUAUGUAUAUUUUGCUAACGUCUUACAGCAUGCGUGUGUUUUAUAUUUUAUUCAUAUAUGUGUGUUCGUAUUAACAGAAGUUUGUGUUGUAGAUAAAUUGUCCAGUUAUUUAUGUUCACAACACCAUUUUAUAUAUGUAUUCAGUUCUUUAUUUAUUUUUGAUUUCGUCCAAUGACAAAUUUAUGACCUUGAUUCGUGAUCUUUUGACAUUCUUUAUUUUUUUAUCGCGCAGAUGAAUUAACACAACUUGUAAAAUGUAUGUUAGAUUUCGUUAUUUCUCAUUCAAAAACUUUAACACUGAUACGCCUCUUUCAAAGAUUAACUGAUUAACUGUAAUGUUUUAACUGAUCUCUAAAAUAAAAAAGAAACAUUCACAUUUACAAAUCAUUAUUAAUACAUAUACAAGAUUUAAUUAUAAAAUAUGUUGAUAAUAUAUAUAUUAGGUGAAUACUAUAUAUAAGUUAUAGAAGAAUACUUUGUGGGGGAAAUAUGUUAUAUGUAGAAUACCUAGAGGUAUUAAAAGAGAUAUAUUCUUAUAUAUUAUAAUCAGUUUCAUGACAUAUUAAAGGAUUCAAUUAGUAUCUAUCUAAUAUGUUUAAACAUCAGAUUUCCCAUUGGGUUAUUAAAGGACAAUGUUGUUGUCCACCAGUUUUACAUAUAUGAUAGAAAUGGUUAAACAGAAUCCAAAUAUAGUUUUAACACAAACACUUUUGCCCAUGGUAGAUCUUUAACAACUAUAUAAAAAUUCCUGUGAUGUUAAAAGAGAAAAUCAAUUACUGUUAUCAACUGAUGUAGAGAGUGCUAAUAAAAGUGGGGGUUCUUCCCAUUUUUGAACUAGUGGCAAUCUGUUCUUUUAAUGAAUAGUCAAUUGUACAGCCUCAUAUAUAGCAACCUUCUUCAUUAUCCCAGUCUGUGCAGAAUAGUAGGACGUUAAACCCAGUUUCAUUUAAUUUGUCAGUAGCAUAUCAUCUUCUUUGGAUUUCCUUUGAUUGCUUUAUUUCCAGAAUCUUAAGAUUAUUGUUACAGAUCAACUGUAUCAAAGAUGUCUGUUAAAGUUAUAUUUGGAAUGUGUUUAACCAAUUCUAUAAGAUUUGUAAAAAUGGUUGUUUACACCAUUGUUAUUUAAAACAAUAGUUCUUUCUUCAUUUCUAGAACUUAAACCAGAAUAUGUCUCUGUAAAAAAAGACCAUCGCACACUUCCAAAUGUUUGUUGGGUUGGCAAUAUUUUGUUUCGGCCAAAUGUCCAUAAACCCCAUAGAUUGUGUCAAAACUUCUGAGAAAAUACUUGGUGAGAUAAUCUGAUUAAUUUAAUAUAAUAUUUCAACAUGGAUCAGAAACAAACUCUGAAAGAUAGUAAUGGUGUUAAUCUGAUACUUUAUUACAAAUAAUGAUGCACCAUUAUUACACAAUUGAAAUUUCAAUUCCACAUAUCUGUGUUUAUACUGAAUGGAAUUGAACCAUUUGGGGAGUUGGAUGGCCGAAUGGUUAACGUGUGUAUGUCAUUGAGUCAAGUGGCGUGGUUUUGAUUUCCGAUUGUACAUCACAAUGAGCAUGGUCACAAGUCCAACCUCGUGGGUUUUCUCCGGGUCCUCCGGUUUCCUCCCAUUGUUAAAGACCCCUACUCGCAAGCGAUCGAUUGAAAUAAAAUUGAACCGAAAUGACCUAGUUUGUGUUAAGUGGACGUUAAACCCCAUUUCUGUCUCUCCUAUAGCGCUGAAAUGAUGCAUCGGAACAUUAAUCUAAUACUUCAUUAAUACAAGAUUUGAUGACUGUUGUAAAGUGUGUGUUGGUCUUUAAACAGAUAUAUAUUGUUAUGGUAUACAAACACAUGUAGAUAUAUCAUUAUCGUUAUGAUCUGUUUUUGUAUAAAAAAUAUAAUAAAUAUAUUAAAUGUU